UAUAAAUAGAUGCGCUUUUUAAUCGUUUAUCAAAUUCAUUUACAUACUAGAUUUUCUGGUUGAACGAUAUCUAAAUCAAUUCUUAUUCAAUCUAAGUAGAUUUUUUCAAAAAAUUAAGAUCUUUCAACAAUGACCAGAAUUUACGAGCUUUUUCAAUUGUCUCUUUAUGUGUUUAGUUACUCUUUCAUAACACAAACCUACAUCAAGCUUUUAGCUUGGUGAUUCUUACCAUAAAUAUGGAAGGUUUGGCAAGGAAAUAGGCAUGGUUUUAGCUACCAAUAUUAACUUUCAUUUUGGGUAGUACAUUUUUUUUUCGCUAAACUUUUCAAAUUUGAAACCGCUAUCUUAAGCAUUAUCCCCUAUUCUAAUCUAUCUUCAUCCCUAUCCUUUCUCCCAAAACAUUUUCCAAUUUCAUAAUGACAACUAAGAUCCACAUAAAUGUGAAAACUGCGCGCCAACCAUUUCUGUUUCUCUCCAAGAAACUCAAUUUCGUAGUCUGUAAGUACAGAAGGAAAAAAGGGAAAAAAGGGGUCUUUUUUGAUUUGGGAGAAAAAUGGCUGUGGGAUUGGAAGAGAGGAUUUUGGUGACAGGAGGUGCUGGUUUCAUUGGAACCCACACAGUUGUGCAGCUCUUGCGAGAAGGGUUUAAGGUUUCCAUCAUUGACAACCUUGAUAACUCCGUGGAAGAGGCUGUUCAUAGAGUCAGAGAAUUAGUUGGGCCACAAUUGUCCAAGAAUCUCGAUUUCUAUCUGGGGGAUAUCAGGAAUAAGGAGGAUUUGGAGCGUAUAUUCUCUAAAAACAAGUUUACUGCUGUGAUCCACUUUGCGGGGCUAAAAGCUGUUGGUGAGAGUGUUGCAUACCCUUUCCGAUAUUUUGAUAACAAUUUGAUUGGGUCGAUCAAUCUGUACAUGACCAUGGCCAAAUAUAACUGUAAAAAGUUGGUUUUCUCUUCAUCUGCAACUGUUUAUGGUCAACCUGAAAAGAUCCCGUGUGUUGAAGAUUUUGAAUUGAAGGCUAUGAAUCCUUAUGGCCGCACAAAGCUAUUCCUUGAAGAGAUUGCCCGAGAUAUUCAGAAAUCAGAUCAAGAUUGGAAAAUCAUCUUGCUAAGAUAUUUCAACCCUGUUGGGGCUCAUGAGAGUGGUAGGCUUGGAGAAGAUCCAAAGGGAAUCCCAAACAAUCUUAUGCCUUACAUCGAACGAGUGGCUGUUGGUAGAUUGCCUGAGUUAAAUGUUUAUGGUCAUGAUUAUCCAACUCCUGAUGGUACUGCGAUAAGGGACUACAUCCAUGUUAUGGAUUUAGCAGAUGGUCAUGUUGCUGCACUGCAGAAGCUGUUCAAACAUGAUUAUUCAGGCUGUCAAGCAUAUAACUUGGGGACUGGGCAUGGUACAUCUGUCCUUGAAAUGGUUAAUGCUUUCAAGAAGGCAUCUGGAAAGGAUAUCCCCAUCAAACUAUGUCCAAGAAGACCAGGAGAUGCAACGGCUGUAUAUGCUUCGACUAAGAAAGCUGAAGUAGAGCUCGGCUGGAAGUGAGUUUUGUUCCUACUACUGUACUUUUACAUUUCAUUGUGAUGAGAAGAGCUUGUUCAAAAUCCCUGCCCUUAUGUUAAUCCCAAUACAUCCAUGCUGAUGAAAUCUCAAAUGUGGAGCAAAUAGGAGAAAAAAUGGUUGUAACCUAUGUUUGCUGGGUCGAAAUCAUAGAACUUCUAUAUAUGAAGAAGAAGAGACCUAUCAAUGACAUGGAUUCUGAUCAUCUAAAUUUUCCCAUACCUGCAGGGCAAAGUAUGGCAUAGAUGACAUGUGUAGAGAUCAAUGGAAGUGGGCAAGCCAGAAUCCAUGGGGGUACCAGGGAAAGCCUUGAGGCCGCCCUGAUACAUGGUCUUAUUUUUCCGAUUUUAUUAGCAUCUCUAAGUUGGAAGUCAUGGUGUCAAUAAGUAUUAUUUUGGUGAACAGAAUAGCGAAUGGAAGCUGUAGUAGUGAUCCCAAAUGUAAUUUGGUCAGUCCUUCUGACUUCCUCCUUUGAUGGUUAAAUCUCAAAUUGCACCUGCAUUUGUUUCUAUGAACUCAACAGUCUGUCAACAGUUGCAACGUUUUCACAAAACUUUAGAGGUCCCAUCAAAUUAUCUUCUUUGUUUUGAAAUUUUGUACUAAUCACCUAAUAAUCAAGCCAUAAUCAAAUGUUAUGUUCACAUGUUGGGAGUUUCAUGUGUCUGCAAAUUUUGGGUUUGGGUCAUUCAAUGUAAUAAUUCAUCAUCACUCUCGUAUCCGUCUUUUUGUAGUUUUAACUGAAAAUAUUUUAGAAUUUGUAGCUCCAGAAAUUAUCUUGUAUGUGAAACGUUAAUAGAUGAUCAUCAACUAAAAUGUUCCUAAAUAACAAUAUUUGUCUUAAAAUUCCUAGCAAUGGGAAGACUUGUGAUUGUUGCUAGAAAAUGCCCACUUAACUAAACUGUGACAGAAACUGUAAUUGUUUCUUUUCAAGCAAAAAUUUAACAGUCAUCAAAGAAAAAUGUCAGUCG